CAGGAGGGGUGGUGGCCCGUCAUUCAUGUGGGGGCCCCCCUCCCCCACAGCAGCCUCCCUGGCAUGGGGGUGAAGCGGAGCCUUCAGAGCGGUGGCACCCUACUGGGUUUCUUGGCCAACAUCCUCAUGAUUCUCUCCACUUCCACCAACUACUGGAUCCGCUUCCCGGGGGGUCACAGCGGCCUGUGGCAGGAUUGUAACGGUGGCAUCUGCUCUAACAUCCCCUGCCAGACCAUGCUGGCGGUGACCGGGGCAUGCAUGGUGCUGGCGGCGGGCUCCAGCAUCGUGGGCUUGAUGAUGGGGCUGCGGAUUGUGUGUCACGAGAGCGACUCGCGGGGCCAGACUACGAGCGCUAUCUUCUUCCUCUGCGGCUUGCUGCUGCUGAUCGCUUUGACAGGCUACACCGUAAAGAAUGCGUGGAAAAGCGACGUCUUCUUCUCCUGGUCCUAUUUUUCGGGGUGGCUGGCUUUACCGUUCUGUAUUCUCGCCGGCUUCUGCUUCCUGAUGGCGGACAUGAUCGUGCAGAGUACAGAAGCCAUCGGUGGGUUUCCUGUGUGCUUGUGACCGCAGCCUGCCUGGGGCAGAAUAAAGGAACGGCUCAA